AUGCAAGCCCCCCCGUUUGAAUCCGAUGGAUGGAUCGCGCGCGGACCGAUCCCGAGUGCGACCCGAGUGUCGAGGCUCUGGAGACUCCUCACGGCCUGUUCCGCGGCUCUGCUGUUAAUUGGUUAUUUAAUACUGUCGGUGGUGUUUGGGGACUCGGACGACAACCUGCGAGUCGAUCAGACCGCGUCCCUCGUAUUUGCCCUGUUCUUCGUCGGAGUCGCAUAUGUCGGCUCGAUCGUGAUCGCUUGCAUUCACCGCACGCGCCAACUCUUCCUCCUUCGUUCGUUAUUUGUGCCUCAUCUCGUGGUAAACCUGGUCGCGCUAUUUAAUGUCCUUUUGAAUAUCCUCAGUCGCAACCUCUACCCGCUGAACGCGAUCCGCGUGGUCGGAAUCGGCCUUCCCAGUGCAUUUUCUUUGAUCUAUGGUCUCGCAUCGUUCUUAAUCUAUCGUGAAUAUGGAUCGAGCCAAAGCCGGGCGGAGGACGGCACUCCCUCUUGA